GUGGGAUCGAUAAUUUGGAGAUAGCGCGGCGUUUUUGGAGGGAAUUUGGAUUUGAUGGAGGGGCAAGUGUUUGGAUGUGGAUAUUUGGGGAUUGAGUGCGUUAUGAGCGAAUUUAUAUGCGUGUUAGGAUUUCGAUAGUGUAUAUGAGUCGAGUGUUGAGAUUUGGUUCUAGGUAUACAGUGAAAAUAAUAUUUUCCCGGUUCAUGCAUCGAUGUUAAGUGUCGGUUUGGGGGCAGGCAGAAAAUCGGCGCUUGCGUAAUGCGUUGUGUUUCACAGCAAUUCGGGUCGUUGCCAUGUUAGUUGGUCCAAAACAUGUAGAAAAAUGAACGCAUGCUAGUACAGUGAUAGUAUAGUGAAAAAUUGACGGAAAAGCGCCAGAACAAGUGUACGAGUGCGGUGUAUGAUUAAAAAUUCGUUAUUUAAUGGACAAAGAGGCGAGCAUCGAAGCGAUAGCUGUAUAACGGGACGGAUGAACGCAUGCUCCAUACCAGUACAAUCCAAGUGAUGAUUUUGUAUAGCGUCGAAUAAAAUUAAGAAUUUUAUUUGACGUGUGGUGUGGAUUUCAGAUGUAUAUAUGAUGUUACCGAGCCGUAUUUCAGAGAUAUGCUUUUAGAAUGCUCGAAAUAGUGAAGUGAAUUUGUUAUUUGUGCAUACAACAAACUCAGUUGCAAUGAGCCGCAUCAUUUAUCAUGUAGAACCAACGUGUUCCAUAAUAUAGUGGUUCAUUAGAAAAAUACGAGGAAAUUAACUGCAUGUAGGAUUCAAUUUAUAGUUGUAUAAAUUUAUUUCUUUUAUAAAAUGUACGCAAAAGGAAAGGGAUCAACGGUGCCGUCAGAUGCACAAGCUAGAGAAAAGUUGGCGUUAUACGUUUACGAAUAUUUACUCCACGUAGGGGCACAGAAAGCCGCACAAACUUUCCUAUCUGAGAUUCGAUGGGAGAAAAACAUAACGUUAGGAGAGCCUCCAGGAUUUUUACAUUCUUGGUGGUGCGUAUUUUGGGAUUUAUACUGUGCAGCUCCCGAAAGAAGGGAUACAUGCGAACAUUCAUCAGAAGCGAAAGCUUUUCACGAUUAUGGUUUUGUAAAUUCUGGAUAUGGAGUAAAUGGAAUUGCGCACAACUCUGGCCCCGCACCAAGUCCCUUGGGGCAAAUGCCACCGGCAGAUGGCAUGCCGGGUGGCCCUAUACCCCCAGGAUUCUUUCCUAACUCAACAUUACGUCCCUCGCCCCCGACCCACCCCUCGAGUCAGCCGUCGCCCCAUUCUCAGCCGCCGCCCCCUCACAGUCAAAUAAUGACGUGUCAGCCGAUUAUGGCGCCCAGGUACCCCGCUGGCCCCAGGCCGGGCGUGCGAAUGCCCCAGAUGGGAAGCGACUUUAACGGACCUCCCGGUCAGCCCCUGAUGCCGAAUAACAUGGAUCCCACAAGACAAGGUGAAGGCGGAGAGUUUGUAGGUUGGCAAGGUCCACCGGCAGCUAGAAUGAACCCCCCUAGAGGACCGUCGAUGGGACCUAUCGGCCCUGGAUCAUAUGGACCCGGACUAAGGGGGCCUCCGCCCAACAGCAGUUUGGGCCCUGGAGGCCCCAUGCCCCCAAUGUCGAUGACAGGGCCUGGCGGCAGACCCCAAUGGCAACCCAACACUUCUGCACCUAUGAAUUAUUCUUCGUCGUCGCCUGGGACGUACGGUGGGCCCCCAGGAUCGGGGGGCCAGCCAGGACCGGGAACCCCGAUAAUGCCCAGCCCGCAGGAUUCCAGUAAUUCGGGCGGCGAGAAUAUGUACACGUUAAUGAAACCGGCCGUGGGCGGCAACAUGCCGGGAGAUUUCCAGAUGGGCGGAGGCCCGGAGGCGGGGCAGAUGGGCCCGAUGAACCCGAACUCCAUGGGCCCAGUGCUGAACGGAGACGGGAUGGACGGUAUGAAAAAUUCGCCGGCCAACGGGGGACCUGGGACGCCUAGAGAAGACAGCGGCAGCGGCAUGGGCGAUUACAACCUCGGCAACUUUGGCGGACCCGGAGAAAAUGACCAAACGGAAUCGGCUGCUAUUUUGAAAAUAAAAGAGAGCAUGCAAGAAGAGGCCAAGAGGUUUGAGAAAGACUCUGACCACCCUGAGUAUUUUAUGCAAUAAAUCCGAUAGCCUCGCCUCGGCCUCGGCCUCUUGGGCUGGUGGACGCCGCCUCUAAAUCCUUCCUAACCCCCCUCUACUAACCCCGGGCGGUGGUGUUGCUCAGUGCUCAGCUCUUCCUAACGUCGGUCAAUGAGUGUUCUCUUCUGUUUGCAGAUAUUCCUGUGAGAGGGUGAGCUGAACAUGAGACGAGCGCCGAGCCCAUGGGAUGACAAAUGCAUUGCAAGUUCCUGACUACUCCUACACACUACACAAUCAAUCAAUCACACACACACAAACACACAUGUACAUGUACACUAUCACACUAUCGACACAUCACUAUCUUCUUCACUUCAGUUCACUUCAGUUCAGUUCAGUUCAGUUCUUGACUGUCACCGUAACGACCGAAUCUCGGCUCAGAGCCCCUUAAAUCAAUUUCCCUCCCUUAUUUGGCACGGCAGCUAGGCAGAUAGGCAGAGGUGAGAGUCAAGAAUCAUCGUCCAUCAAAAUUCCAAUCUCACAAUCAAACAAACACGAUCCAUAUCCAUCACUAAGUCCACCAGCCUGGGCCAGGUUGGAUGUAUACACGGCGUUCUGUGUUGUUUCUCAUCUACAUACAUACUACUGACUCAUCCACUUCUCCACAUUUAGUUCAAAAAAACCGAAAAUCGCCGAAAAUUCAUCUCGAUUCGCUUGUAACUAAAUUUACCGAGUGAACAAAGUUGUUUUGUAUGUAUUUUAUAACGUAGCGGCUGUACGAGAGAGAAAGCGCGCGAAUCACCUAAAUUUUCGGCGAUUUCAACGUUGAAGUGACUGGGUCUCUAGCAAGUGUCUACAUUCCUCCGAAGGGCUAGGUUAGAGAAAGACCAUGCAACAGAUUGCCCACUACUCGACAUCACACAUUACAAUGUCAUUUUAUAAAUUUUUACAGUUCAAUCUUUCUUUAACCUAACUCAGCCUGAUUAAAACAUUAUUAAAUCUCUUUAUGUGCAAAAAAAGGAGCUAGCUCCCAUGUAAUUAAUUACUCUCUAAUAAAUUAUGUUCUCUAUCUCUGUACCUUUCCCCUCAAAUUUUUUAUUUCACAUUUACUUAACGAUUAUAUAUUCUUUUAUGAUCUUGGACCGUCGUUAGAAUAAGCAAAACGAUUUUAUUUAUAAAUUUUGUUCUUAAAAAAAUAUAUACUUAAAAGAAUUAUUAGAUUGUUCUUUUUAUGGAUGUGUGUAUGAAUGUAUGCUGACUGAAUUGUGAUAAUGAAAUUAUUGUGAAGAUGUAAGGAUUCAUUUAAUAUUGUUUUCUUUUUUCUAUGGAU